AUGGAGGGAGAGCCCUACGACGUCGUCCCGUGCUCUUCCGUCGCCGUCGAUUCUAUCCUCCGCAUCGGAACGGCUGGUGCAAUUUGGGGUUUGUGUUCCGCUCCCCACGAGGCUCGUAAACAAGGCCUAGGAGGAGUAGCUCAGGCCGCUUUUGUGGCGAGGUCGGCUAGCUCGUGUGGCUUUCAAUAUGGACUUGUUGCUGGAAUCUGUACUGCUACUCACUGUGGGCUUCAAAGAUAUCGGGGAAAGAGUGAUUGGGUGAAUGGUCUGAUUGCUGGUGCUGUGGCAGGGGGAGCCAUUGCUGCUAUGACACGAAGCUGGACACAGGUGGUUCCUAUGGCUUGUCUGGUUUCUGCCUUCAAAGUUGCCACUGACUAUGCUAGAACAACUUGA